GCUAUAAAGUGUUAAUAGCGAUUGCCUUUAUCAUAAUUUUCGUCGCUAUACCUCAAUACUGGCUACUUUAUAUGGAUCGUCAUGAUUUCGAAUUAGUUAUUGAUGUCUUAUCAUUGGACGGCAUUAAUGGAACUAUUGCGUUUAUAAAAAUGAUCUUCUUCUGGUCAAGCGGAGAACCAAUAAAUAAUCUUCUAUCCUCGAUGGAAAUUGAUUGGAAGGAAGUAUCAACGAAAAAUGAAAAAGAAAAAAUGAUAAAACUCGCAAGAUUCAGCAGAAUUUUAGCAUCGAGAACAACCGAACUGUGCUAUGCCCUUAUUGCAGUUUACAUUUUUAAAAGAUGUUUGUCUAUGCGUACUGAAGGUCGACUUCCAUUUUUUCCAUCGUAUUAUCCAUUCAAUGCUGUUUCCAGUCCAAUAUACGAAUUGGCGUUCAUCGGUCAAACUAUUGGUGCAAUUUAUUAUACAACGGUAUACACUGCGGUUGAUACUUUCUUAGCAAUGUUGAUACUUCACGUGUGUGGACAACUUUCAAGGUUGCAAGAUAAUUUGAUUCAUUUGAAUUCUACCACGAGACAAGAGUUUCAAAAUAAGUUGCGUUACAUCAUCAGAAGACACGAUUAUUUAAAAAGGUUCGUUGAUACGAUUGAGGAUCAGUUUAACCUAAUGCUACUUUUUCAAAUGCUUGGUUGUACCUUGCAAUUAUGCAUCGAAUGUUUUCAAGGACUUAAGUUAAUGGCUGGUGAAGGUGAAAAGAUGCCAUUGGUAGAAAUGUUUUUUUUCGCAUUCUACGCGUUCUACGUUCUACUACAAUUAUACCUAUACUGCUUUGUCGGUGAAAAACUUUGGACAGAGAGUACUGAGGUUGCUCGUGCUGCAUAUGAAUGUAAUUGGUACAAUUUAUUACCUCACGAAGCUAGAUCACUGAUAUUAAUAAUCCGUCGUGCACGAUCACCUUUUCGUCUAACUGCAGGCAAAUUUUUUACUUUAAAUCAUGAACUUUACAGUAGUGUUUUGAAAACAUCAAUGGGUUAUUUGUCUGUUUUACGUACAACCAUGAUAAAAGACGAAUAAUAUUUUCCCGAUUUUAUUCUAACAACAAAAUAUGUAGAUUAUAUUUUAUGCAUAGUUUAGCUGUAAUUUCCUAAAUCUAUUUAAAUUUACUUAAACAAUAGUUCAAAACGUAUUAAAGCAAAGUAUGAGAAUUAGUUAACAUAAGAAUGAUUAUAACAAACUACU